AUGGCAAUGAUGGACGUCGAUGCUCCCUUUCUUGAGGAUAAGGAAGAGCCGCUCGCCGGCGUCUGCGACUUCCGCGGCCGCGCCGUCUACCGCACCACCUCCGGCGGGUGGCGAUCCGCCUUCUUCCUCGUCGUGGUGGAGGUCGCCGUCAUCAUCGCCUACUACGGCGUGUCGGCGAACCUGAUCACGUACCUGACAGGGCCGCUCGGCCAAUCCAACGCGGCGGCGGCCACGGCAGUGAACGUCUGGACGGGGACGGCCAGGCUCAUGCCGCUGCUGGGUGCCUUCGUCGCCGACUCCUGGUUGGGCCGCUACCGCUCCAUCAUCCUCGCCUGCACCCUCUAUGUCCUGGGCUAUGGCAUGAUCACUCUAGCAUCAACACUCCUGUCUCAGCGACCGUCUGCAUCCCUUGGCAAAGACUCCUCGUCUUCCCCUUUUUCGCUGGAGGUGUCCUUCUUCUAUGUCUCCCUCUAUCUCAUCGCGCUCGCGCAGGGUGUCGGCAAACCUUGUGGGCUUGCCUUCGCCGCAGAUCAAUUCGAUCCCAACCACGCUAGGGAGUUCACCGCCCGGAGCUCCCUCUUCAACUGGUGGCACUUCUUCAUAGCCAUUGGGAUCAGUUUCGCUGUCAUCGUUGUCAGCUACAUCCAGGAGAAUGUUGGUUGGGGAAUUGGCUUUGGCACGCUCUUCACCGUCAUGAUUUGCGCUUUUGUUGUCUUCCUCCUUGGCAUUCCCACCUACCGCCUCCAUGUGCCUGUCACUGGCUCUGAUAACCCUUUUGCUCGUCUUGGUCGUAGUGUCUUUGCGCUUGCUAGGAACUCAAGCUUCCGUGUCUGCGCUAAAAGACAUCAUCAUGAAGAUGAAGAUGUCGCAACCAGCAUGGAGGAGGCGCGUUGCGUGCUACAACUACUGCCGAUCUGGGCAGCAUGCCUAGCUUAUGGUGUGGUGAUUGCGCAGAUCAUGACACUUUUUAACAAGCAGGGACGCACCCUAAAUCGUCAUAUUGGUGGCCUAGAGCUACCUCCGGCCACAUUGCAAGUGUUCUGGCCGGCAGCCGGCUUACUGUUUGUGCCCAUCUAUGACCGUGUUCUAGUUCCGGCACUACGUUACACGACGGGCACCCCAUCGGGGUUGACGCUGUUGCAGCGAGUAGGUACGGGCAUGGUUGUCUCAAUGGUCGCCAUGUGUGUUGCGGCAUUGGUGGAGACCCAAAGGUUGGAGAUGGCACGGAAGAACAACCUAGUUGACAACGCCAUGGCGACGAUACCGAUGAGCUGGGCAUGGUUGGUUCCGCAGUAUGUGAUGAUUGGGGUGUCCGACGUGUUUGUGUUAGUCGGGAUGCAGGAGUUCUUCUAUGACCAAAUGCCCAGUGAGCUUCGCAGCCUUGGCAUAGCGCUCUUCUAUAGCGUGAUGGGAAUCGGCGGCUUCAUCAGCGGCGCUCUCAUAUCACUCAUGGACCACAUCACCCGCAGCGGUGGGGGCGAAAGCUGGUUCUCUAACAACCUCAAUCGCGCCCACCUUGACUACUUCUACUGGUUGCUCGCUGGCCUAAGUGCGGCCGAGCUUGCCCUCUAUAUCUACAUCACCAGAAACUAUGUCUACAAGGAAAAGAGUCAGCUGAGAGUGACAACCUAG